AGUGCGAUCGAGGAUCUCAAUCCCUGGAUGGCAUCGUUAAUAUUCGGGAUCUUAGCGUGUGCGGACUUCUAACCUACCCGUCACUUAUGGGAAUGCAUUUUGUCUUUCGGAUUUCUUCUUUUCCCUCUGCUAUUUCUUUAAGACAGUUUUGUACCAAAAUGCGUCUCUUGAGGAAAAGUGGAAAACAGCUUUCGGACUUUUCCAUGCUGAAUCUUUGAUCAGUUGAAGUUUGGCAGACCAUGGAAGGUGGUGGUCGUAAGAAGCUGCAUUCUACCGAUUCUAUCUCGUCGCUCAUAUCUUGGCCGUGGAAUUCCCACGAGAAUGCGGGCUAUGAUGCCAGCUCGAUGGGAUCGUCGAUCUACCGGAAGAAUAUCCGUCCGACGAUCAGUGCCCAGGCGUCGCUGUCGGACACAGCAGCCUUCAAAUUACAGGCCGUCGACGGUAGGCCUCUCGAUGUGGAUGCUCGCGAUAGGAAAAGCAUCUGUGUUGAGCACCUUAUCCGGGAGGUGGUACGGGCGCUGAAUGUGGAGCCACUGGCGGCGCAUUUAUUUGGGAUCUACAGUUGCCGUGAUGGUAUUUGGCUGGCUCCUUGCCGCGAAAUCCGUCUGGAUAGUCAAAAUGAUCGCACACUACAGUUACGGAUACGGUUCUUCUGUGAUUAUAAACUCCUGGCGGAGAGGGAUGCCGCGGCGUUUGAAUAUCUCUUUCUACAGUAUCGUCAGGAUUUCAUCGACGGACAGAUCGAGGAUUUCUUCGACCAGAGCGAUGUUGACUGCCUGCCCAGAGCGAGAGGUUUAGCUGUGCUCGAUAUGGUGCGAGUGAUCAAAGAAGAAGGUCUUUCUUCGGAGCAAGUAAUCAAAAGCUGGCAGAAGCGAUUUAUCCCUCAAGAUCUGCAGAAGCGGAACGGUGUGCAGCAGAAGCUGAAAGCAUCCUUAGCCUCUAAAAUGUCCACGAAACAUUUAAAGGAUGCUGUUGACAAACUUGCUGACGAAUACAAGAACGGCCCAAAGUCGAUUUUUCUGCUGAAGAAGCAGUUUGUUUGGGGUCUGAUGGAACAUUCGGGACAUUAUGUGUGCGAGCAUUUUUCCUGUCAGUUAGGAGUGAAUCCCAACCUUCCCGUUAACAAAGUGCGUCUGAAUAUUUUGGAUGAAUUGAUUACUUUGGAGCGUCGGGAAGGAGAUAAAUGGAUACCAUAUUGUCGCUUAACGGACAUCUGUGAUAUUAAUUUAAUCCCGGAAAAGAUAGCGUGCCAUAUCAAUCGUAUUUCCGGUCAGCCGCUGUGUUUUCGGUUCUCUAGCACAGCCGCUCUGGAGUCUUUCAUUUCCUUGUUGGAUGGAUACUUCAGAUUUACGCAUAAAUUUUAUUAUGAUGUUUGCCGGGCUCUUUGUAAUCCCAGUUUACAGGUCCUAAGAAGCGAAAAAUGCCAUGGCCCUAUGGAAAAAGAUAUGAUGUAUGAGAAAUUACAUGGAAAGCCCGAAGGAACAUUUGCUCUGAGCCAGUCCACGGACAUGUACAAUACGUUUCGAAUCGAUGUGGCUGGUAAUGUGGAACAGCCCUUCCGAUCGUUUGUCAUUGAUACGACUUGCGACGGCCAUUAUCGAGUCCGCAAGUCCAAAGUGGAGUUUCGCACAUUGUCGGAGUUGUUGACGUAUUAUAAAUCACCCCAUGACGGAAUUCUACUGAAAGAAUGCCUGAGGCCGCACGAAAAUGAGCUAAUUGGACUAAAGCUGUUUCCAAGCUCGUGUGAUAACGCUAAGGAUACCGGGAGGAUGUAUGACACGGGAAACUUCUCCGUUCCUCUGUGUAUUCCGCCGUCCGGGCUGACUUACCCGUCGCCUUCACAUGUGCACGACGGGGAGCAUAGCCAAGUGCGACGAGGCUGCUUAAAGAUCUCUGACAGGAAGAGCGUGGACGUUGCAGUGAAAUCCCUUUCAAGUAAUGUCUCUAUGGAAUCCGCACAAAAAUGGCUGGCUGGAGUGCAGACAUUAAUGCACCUGUCCAACUCGGCCAUGUUGAUCCGCUUCUAUGGAAUCCUGUUGAACCCGCUAAGUUUCGUAACCGAAUAUUUCCCGCUAGGCAAUGUCCUGCAGUUUCUCCAACAGAAGAGAGCCUUGAUAUCCCUACGGAAUUUGUUGGACAUUGCCACACAAAUUGCUAAAACACUGUGGUGGUUGGAUGAACAGAAAGCAGGAUACGGGCCGAUUCGGGCGAAGAAUGUUUUCGUUGCGGAUUAUCUAGGCGAAUCCGUGAAAGUCGUCGUUGGACCAAUCGGGUUGGGCAGUGAAUCUGUACACUGGGUGGGCUUGGAUUCGAAGGGAGAUGCCAAUGAUGCGUGGGAGACUUUGUCUCAUUCGGAUCGGGGAAAUUGGGGCUACGGGACAUUUCUGUGGGAAUUGUUUACCUUUGGGCAGGUGCCGUUAUUGGAAAUAAGUGACGAAGAAGCCGAAUCUUUGUACAGGAAUGGAUAUCGGCUGGAAAAGCCUUCAAUUUGCCCAGAGGAUGUCUACCGGCUAAUGGAGCGCUGCUGGCACAAUGAUCCCUUGCAGCGACCGGCUGUCGAUGUGAUUUUACGUGAAAUGAAUAAAGUACUCCAUCUGUUAUAUGACGAAAGCAAGCCGCUUUACCCCGAUGGAACAAUCGAAAUCGGAAUAAAAAAAGAAUCCAAGCAGGAGUUUCUGCUUCGGGUCACCGGAAAUUGUCUGAAACACAGAAUGCAGACAGCGGAUCUAAAUUUAAAUAAUUUCCUGGGAGAAAGAGAAACAAACGGCAGCCCCUAUGAUCCGUGGCUUAUAGAAGAAACGGCGUUGAAAGUCGUCGAUAGACUUGGAGAAGGACGCUAUGGAGAAGUGAAUAAGGCACUGUACACCGAUCCCUUGAGCGAUGAUGAGCCACGCGUAGUGGCGGUAAAACAGCUGAAACAAAUUAAAGGCGAUCGAACGUUCAGCCGAAUAAUGGAUGAAAUGCGGGAUGAGAUGAACAUUAUGAAAUCGCUGCAGCAUGAGAAUAUCGUAGAAACCGUGGGAAUGGUGCUCGAUCCAGUGCCCUUGCUGGUGAUGGAAUUCGUUCAGAAUGGAGCUCUGAGCUUAUAUCUGCGUAAUCACCAGGGCGGUUUAUCUCCGACCCAUCUGCUACAGUUCGCAACGGAUGUUGCCAGCGGCAUGGCAUAUCUGCAGAGCAAAGAUAUUGUGCAUCGAGAUCUUGCCGCGCGGAAUAUUUUGGUUACCGCGGAACUACGUGGGAAAAUUAGUGAUUUCGGUUUGGCUCGCUUCAUGGAUACCGGUGGUUAUUAUUUAACACAGAAUUUUGGCCGGAGUAUCCCAUUGGCAUGGUAUGCCCCGGAAGUGAUAGAUUAUCACAAAUAUUCGUCCAAGAGCGAUUCGUGGUCAUUUGGAGUUCUUUGCUGGGAAAUGUUCACGUUUGCCGCACCGCCUUACUUUUGUGAUUUAGCCAAUUUAAGUGAGAAACUGAAGGAGGGCGUGCGACUCGCUCAACCGGCUUUGUGCCCCGAUGAAAUCUACGUUAUUAUGCGGUCAUGCUGGGAAUAUGAGGCAGCCAAGAGGCCGGAUUUCGUUAUUUUAUACCGGACAUUUUUUGAUCUUUUACAACAGGCCUAGUUUUUAUAGCGCUUAUUUGACAGCUGCUGUCUCAGGGAUUUGAUCACAACUUCGCAAUGAGUUUUCAGCAUGUUAUUGUUUUAUUUGCUUUGUUGGACCUUUGAAGAUUUUUUAAAUUGAAGUUUAAUUGAUGUAGCUGGCUGUAUUAUUUAAUGGUUUGGUAACACUUCGCACUGCUGCGCCAGCUGAAAUGAGUGCAUUGUUUCUAAUUUCUGGAACAAGAAUUGUUGUCUAAAUAAAAGUUCAGAUUGUUU